AUGGCAACCAAGAGGGCAAAAGCCACGGGGUGCAACUUCGGAAAGCCAUACUGCGACUACAGCGCGCACGAACGCGUCUCCUUAGAGUUCCAAGGUCAUCAGCUGUAUGGCUACGUCUUUAGGCCCAGUGGAGAUGCCGCAGCCAGCGGGGACAGGAGUGGAAGCUUGCCCUGUAUGAUGAUCUGGCCGCAGUACUGCGGGAUGAUGGAAUACCACAUCUCGGAGGCGACGAUCGCGGUGGCGGAUAUUGCUUUGGUUUGUGAUUAUUAUUCGGAUGCGCAGGUUCCGCACCAGAUUCGUAACGUCAGCCAGUAUGGCCUGGACAGCCCUGAGCGGGCGAUGCACCGGAAGAUCGCGCUGGAAGCAAUGAACACUCAGCUCCAAAGACCUCAGACCGUAUUCCGAGCCCUCGUGCGUGCCUUUUUCGAGACAGCCCAGGCGCUGACUGGAGUGAAUCCCGAGGAAAUCGCAGCCAUGGGCUUCUGCUACGGCGGCAUUGCCGUCCUUGAGAUGUGGCGUCAGGGUCUUGACGUCAAGGGCAUCGUGUCCUUGCAUGGCGUUUUUGAGACGAAGCCCAUCGCUUUGGGCCCUGGACACGCUCCGCCUCCAGUCUUGGACACCACCGUGGACCCUGCUGUUUAUGCGAAGAACUGCAAGGUCCUCAUUGAGCACGGCGAGAAAGACCAUGUUGCGCCGCCUGACAUGGUGGAACGAUUCCGCUGGGAGAUGUCUGACCCCGGGCUCGACAUUCAGUUCGUCAUCCACUAUGGCGUUGGGCACGGUUUUGCGUUGGCUCCUGGGUUGGACGGCCAUCACCCUGCUGCCGAUGCGCGGUCCUAUCGGCACAUCAUUGACUUCAUGCGAGAGUUGUUCCCCAGAGUUGUUCAGAACAACCUGCCGCAGAAGACGCCAAGCGGUUUCCCAUUGUAUCCUGCUCCAGUUUCGUCAUCCCCACAUCAUACACAGGGCGAUGUGUCGACGCACGAGGGUAUAUGA